UAGGCGAAAAAUUGUAGCGCCGUGCGAUGGAAUUAGUCCCUUGAAUGCAUAAAACUGGGGCACGCUCGUCUUCAUUGAGCAGUCCCGCCCCGUCCCUGCUCCAGUCUUCUGUGGCUCGGAGACGCGAGCUCUCCCGCCGACAUUGUUGGAUCAAUCGAUCUGCAUUGUCUGGGAUCUAGAAGGUUCGGUAGGUUCUGUCACUUGUACAGGUGUUUGAUCGAAGUCAUUGAGACUCACGGGUGGUUUGUGUGCGGAUCGGUAAAGAUGGCGUACAGGAUGUGUAUAGCGAUGUUAGUCGCUGCGACGCUGUUUGCAGGAGUGGCUUCACAGACCGGUCCAGAUUGUACUGGGGCGCUCAGUUCCUUGACGCCAUGUUUAGCGUAUGUGUCGGGACCGGAGCUGACUCCACCACCGAUGUGUUGCCAAUCCAUUGAAUCCUUGAACAUGAACGAUCCCGUCUGUUUGUGUCAGGCUGUGUCGUCGCUGGACGUGUAUCCCGCUGUUAACCAGACCAAGGCCUUCUCAUUGCCACGAGAUUGCAACGUGCAAGUAGAUACUACGAGUUGUCCAGCCUUGGCUACUCCGCCAGGCUUCGGUGUCCCUCCAGGCUUCGCUGCCCCUCCCAGCUUCGAUGUCCCUCCAGGCUUCGCUGCCCCUCCCAGCUUCGAUGUCCCUCCAGGCUUCGCUGCCCCUCCAGGAUUUGAUGUUCCUCCCGGCUUCGCUGCCCCUCCAGGAUUUGAUGUUCCUCCCGGCUUCGCUGCCCCUCCAGGCUUUGAUGUCCCUCCAGGCUUCGCUGCGCCUCCAGGCUUCGAUGUUCCUCCGGGCUUCGCUGCACCUCCAGGCUUCGAUGUUCCUCCGAGCUUCGCUGCUCCUCCAGGCUUUGAUGUCCCUCCAGGCUUUGCUGCUCCUCCUAGUUUCGACGUGCCUCCCGGCUUCUCAGCACCACCGAUGCCUGCGGUUCCUCCCACUAUGUUCACCCCUCCGUUGUCACCUGCCUCAUCUCCGACGUCUUCGCCCUCUGUUGAUGCCCCAGAAUUCGCACCGUCUUCUCCAACUGUCCCUUCAACUCCCGCAGGAGGGCCUUCUGCUGGCACGCCCCCUGUUGCUGGCAGAUCUCCCCAGUCCAGUCCAGGUGGUACACCCGUGGUGGGUUCUCCCGGUCCGUCGCCUGCCGACUCCGGAGCUUCGGCUAUUCAACACUCCGUAGUGUUUGGUGUGGCGGCUGCUGGAUUUCUUGCUCUUGUGUUGUAAGGAGAUCUCGUCCGAGGGCGAUAGGGUAUUCGUAGAUUUCUGGUAGGUAAUAUGUGAGGUUGGGAACCGAUUCUGCCGUAGCACAUUGAUUCUUUUUAUGCAAUAAAAUGCUUGCUUUCAUGCUCGA